GGUUUCUUGGGAAGUGUCUUGACAGAGAACCUAAGCUGAGCAAAGCAGCCUUGAUCUGAGUGAGCUAACUGACACCAUGAAAACAGCAGGUGUCUUUCUGCUCCUCUCUCUGGCUCUUCUCUGCUUUUUCUCAGGUGCCUUUGGUCAAGAAGGGAAGAUUAAUUGUGGUGAGUUCCGUGACCCCAAGACCUUCUGCACUCGGGAAUCUGAUCCACUCUGUGGCUCUGAUGGCCAGACAUAUGGAAAUAAAUGUGCCUUCUGCAAGGCAUUGGUGAAAAGUUCUGGGAAGAUCAACCUGAAACAUCAUGGGAAAUGCUGAAUUAGAGCUGGUGUUUUGUGCCAGCUUGCCUAUCCUCUCACCCUUGGUUUCUGCUUUUACUUUUCUCUGGCAAAUCCCAUAAAUUCAUAAAAAAAAAUUAAACAACUUUUUCUCUGUGUGGGUCUUAUGUAGGUCAGUAAGUCUAUUUCCUUUACUUUUUCAAUAAAGUAAAUUCUGCAGAACUGAUUACCUGUUGGUCUGGGAUUAAUAUAAGAAGCUAUUACAGCAGUGUAUACUGCACUUGAUUCAUUAAUUUGAGGAAAAACCCUGCUUCCCUCAUCAAAAUACACUAUCCAUCACAAUGCCGUCCUGCAAAAAUGUCUCAGCUGUUUCACUUUUGGAAUUCUCGUGGAUAAUAAAGCUAAUAUCAAUGUUAUUCUAUAUUAUGUUAUAUAAUAAUAGAUCACAAAAUAUUGGUGCUUCUCAAUUUCAGUAAAUAUAUUUUACAUAAAAGCAAAACAUGGAUCAUCUAUGGAGUUUGUUUUCAACUACUUUUGAAAUAGAGUAUUUGAACUGUGUAAUAUUUAAAUAUACAAAGUAUUUGGCCUCCUGAAAACAUUAUGAGGGCCUCUGAGUAAGAAGUAAAGAAAGGCUCAAAAUGA